AAAUUUUAGGGUUUUUGAUCUUCUUUCUCUUUGUUAAACCAUCAUUUUGGUAAUUAUUCGGAUAGAUCAACUCGAGGCCUUGACAGGUGUCAUCGGUUAUGCAACUGCACUAGAAGGUCUUCCCACUGGUUGCUUUGAUGCAGCUGGAGAAGCAAAAUCAGAUCAUUAGUUUUCUAUCUCGUGCUGCUGUUUGAUGGAACCUCCUAGGCUCCUGCCGGAUGGCAAUAUGUUGAAGUUCAGCUUUUCCGGAUUUUGGUGUCUCAGAUGAUUUGCAGUAAUUUUAUUAUGCUUGGCAAGCUCCAGAAUGGGCAUCCCUUUGAUGAAAUGUCAAGGGUUAAUGCUUCUUUUCAUUGUACUGUUUUGCAUUCCAAUGAGAAAGAGCAAUGCUAUCAGUCCUGAUGGUGAAGCACUUUUGAGUUUCAAAACAGCAAUUGUUAGUUCAGAUGGUGUCCUUCUUCAGUGGAGACAAGAGGAUGCAGACCCUUGUAAUUGGAAAGGCGUGCAAUGUGAUAAAACCAAGCGAGUGAUUUUUCUGACCCUUCCGUAUCACAAAUUGAGUGGCUCCAUAUCUCCUGAGAUUGGAAAGCUAAAUCAUUUGAAGUUUCUUACUCUUCAUAACAACAAUUUCUAUGGAACAAUCCCUUCAGAACUUGGCAAUUGCACAGAGUUGAGAGCAUUAAAUUUGCAGGGUAACUACUUAAGUGGUUUAAUUCCCGCUGAACUUGGGGAUCUUUCAGAUCUUGAAGCCUUGGAUAUCUCAAGCAACUCUCUUAGUGGAUCUGUUCCUUCAUCACUUGGGAAGUUGUCCAAGCUUUCAACCUUCAAUGUGUCUACCAACUUCCUGGUUGGACAUAUACCAUCUGAGGGUGCACUCAGCAAGUUCACUGAAAACUCUUUUGUUGGAAAUCGUGGCUUAUGUGGGACACAAAUCAGUGUGAAAUGCAAAGACGAUCUGGGAGAUCCUUCAUCACAGUCUCCAUCACCUAUUUCAGAUACUCAAGCUGGAAAGAAGAAGUCUGGAAGGUACUCAACUAGUCUCUUAAUAAGUGCAUUGGCAACAGUGGGUGCUCUACUUCUGGUGGCUCUCAUGUGCUUCUGGGGCUGCUUUCUUUAUAAGAAAUUUGGUAAAAAUGACAGCGGUGGUCUUGCAAUGGAUGUUAGCGGAGGUGCCUCCAUCGUGAUGUUCCAUGGAGAUUUGCCAUACUCUUCAAAAGAUAUCAUUAAGAAGUUGGAGAUAUUGAAUGAUGAACAAAUUAUAGGUGCUGGGGGCUUUGGAACAGUUUACAAACUUGCCAUGGAUGAUGGCAAUAUCUUUGCUUUGAAAAGAAUUGUGAAGACAAAUGAAGGUUUAGAUCGCUUUUUCGAACGGGAACUUGAAAUUCUUGGGAGCAUAAAACACCGUUACCUGGUGAAUUUACGUGGAUAUUGCAAUUCUCCAUCAUCAAAGUUGUUAAUUUAUGAUUUCUUGCCUGGUGGUAGCCUAGAUGAAGCCCUUCAUGAAAGAGCUGAACAACUGGACUGGGAUACACGCCUUAAUAUUAUCGUGGGAGCUGCAAAAGGACUGGCAUACCUACAUCAUGAUUGUUCCCCACGCAUCAUUCACCGUGAUAUAAAGUCAAGCAAUAUAUUGCUUGAUGGGAAUUUGGAAGCCCGUGUAUCUGACUUUGGACUUGCAAAAUUGUUGGAGGAUGAAGAAUCCCAUAUCACCACCAUUGUUGCUGGAACAUUUGGCUAUCUGGCUCCAGAGUAUAUGCAAAGCGGUAGAGCGACGGAAAAAACUGAUGUUUAUAGCUUUGGGGUUCUGGUGCUUGAAGUGUUGAGUGGGAAACGACCCACUGAUGCUUCAUUCAUUGAGAAAGGACUGAAUAUUGUUGGAUGGUUGAAUUUCCUAGUUGUUGAGAACAGGCAAAGAGAUAUCGUUGAUCCACACUGUGAAGGGGUGCAGGCAGAAAGCCUUGAUGCCCUGCUCUCAGUUGCAAUCCAAUGUGUAUCUUCCAUCCCAGAAGACCGGCCAACCAUGCAUAGGGUGGUCCAGCUACUAGAAUCUGAGGUCAUGACCCCAUGUCCAAGCGACUUCUAUGAUUCCAACUCAGAUUGAACCUCGUGGCAUAGUAGCAAGUGUGCUCAUGCUCACAUUCCACGUGGCUUUUUAUGUCUUGUGUGAAGAAGAUGCAGGCUGCAAUGAAGGCUUGGAAUCUGUGGACUUCAUUUUUGUUCUGUCAUUCUUUCAUUCUUUCUUCUGCAGAUUUAUGACAACUGAACAUGCCUGCUUCAGCUAUGAGCGUUUGUUGCAGAACAAGGAGAUCGGCAGUGUAAUCUUAUUUUCAGUCUCCUUGAUCUCACAUGGGUUUGAGGUCCUGGUUCCUUCUCUGUAUGAUUGAGAUUCCACUUCCUUUUGUUUAUACUUAUUUACUAGUCAAUUUUUUUUUUGGGCAUUAUUCGCAUAAUUUACCUGUAUAUGGAUGAUAGAAAAUGUGUUUCUGUGCCAGCCACCCAUGAAUAUUUACCUGCCAUUUUUGUACAAUGCAUCUCCAUUUCAAUGACCAGCUAUUCCAUGGACAAGCAAGACAGUUAGCAACA